AUGGCUCACGAUAACGGCCAGAUGCCCCAAGCGGAUCUUUUGGAACAAUUGGCCAUAAGGGAAAGACAGCUGGAGCAACUGCAACAAGCGUAUGUACAGCUCCAAGGAAAUGGAAACAACCCAGCCCAACAAGAGCGGUUGUUCAAAAACAUCAAUCGUUUGGCAACCUUUACGGGAACCGGGGAAAUCUCCAUCAACUCCUUCUUCAGUAGCGUGGAGUACCUGUUACAGACGGUAGAGGACCCACAACUCAAGAGAGAAGCCACAAGGACAAUAUUCUACAGGACAAUUCAGGGUCAAGCAAAGGAUGCAGUAAUAAAUAUCCCGGAGCCGGACAACUGGGACCUGAUAAAAGCCACCUUGAAGUUAAGGUACAGACCAGACACGGAGCCGAACCAAAUCUACAAGAGGAUAUGUGACCUGAGAGUGAAUUCGAAAAUACUAACGACGACUAUGUUGCUGACGACAAUACUAAUGACAAUGGCAAUAACAACAAAAUCGGGAACACUAACGAUUCAAGAAAUACCUGAUCAGGACGGGUAUGCGCAAAUAGAGAUGAAAAAUCAAGAUAUAAUUAUCACAACAGAUAUAGUAGUACAUAUAAAAUGCGAAAAAGUAAACAUUGGCGGGAGGUUCGAUAAGAAACUGUGUUGGGAAACGAAGAAACCCGGCAAGCCGGGCUUACAUGCGGCCGCAAGGGCGGAAGCUCGCUCUGAUUCUCGAAUGGCAGCCAAGGCGAUCAGACCUAGGAUCGGACUACAACCCGGAGUGGUACAGCGGCACGAGCGUCGGCACGCCGGAUCCAAGGAGUAA